UGAAAAUUCAUCAGCUGAAUGCACUCGUCUAUGAAGCGGCAGUCACAGGCUGACAGCAAAUCUGAGGGAUCAUGACAUCCCCUGGCUUUUAUUAUUGGACUCUCAUUCUCAUAAAGUGACCACUUCCAUCACUAGGUGAUCCGACUUUUCCCGAACCCUCUCUUCCCUUCUUUCUCCACCAUGUAUUUAUUUCUUUUUACCCUCCUGCUCUUCCCUUCAAAACUUGGUGCUUCUACUCCAUCUUCAAAUGACUCUACUUGUGGACCAAGUCAAAAUGAAUUGUGCACAGAUGGCGUCCUACUGCCUGCAUGGCUACCACAUCCUCCAUCCACUGGAGAUCGUGCAGCAAGAGCUAUUGUUUACUUUGUUGCACUUGUCUACAUGUUCUUGGGAAUGUCUAUCAUAGCUGACCGCUUUAUGGCAUCCAUUGAGGUAAUUACUUCACAAGAACGUCGAAUCACAUUUAGAAGGCCGAAUGGAGAGGUGACAGUGACAAGUGUACGCCUCUGGAAUGAAACUGUUUCAAACCUUACACUGAUGGCACUGGGCUCAUCAGCUCCAGAGAUUUUGCUUUCCAUCAUUGAAGUAGUUGGAAGAGGCUUUGAAGCAGGUGACAUGGGCCCCAGCACUAUCGUUGGCUCAGCUGCUUUUAACAUGUUUGUGAUUAUUGGCAUUUGUGUUGCGGUCGUCCCUGACGGUGAAAGUCGCCGCAUCCGCCAUCCACGUGUAUUUGCAGUGACUGCAUUUUGGAGUGUCUUUGCUUAUGUUUGGCUUUUUCUGAUCUUAUCCUGGUCAUCUCCUGGAGUAGUGGAGGUGUGGGAAGCACUACUGACAUUCUUCUUUUUCCCAGUAUGUGUCCUACAGGCCUGGCUGGCAGACAGACGUUUGUUAUUUUAUCGCUACUCAGGACGAAGGGAAGGUCGAGCAAAGUAUAGAGCUGGCAAAAGCCGAGGUGUUUUGGUCGGUGCAGAAGAUGCAGGUUGUCAAGAGGAUGUAGGAGAAAUGAGGAUGGCUGGUGAUGAAAGAGGCAUAGAUUUGGAAGAGGAAGAGGAAGAAGAACGAAGAGAUAUGGCCAGAGUAUUUAAAGACAUGCGUCAACGUUAUCCUGGAAAAGACAUGGAACAAUUGAUGGAGUUAGCAAAUUACCAGGCCCUUGUCCAACAGCAAAAAAGCAGGGCGUUUUAUAGGAUCCAGGCUACUAGGAUGAUGAUUGGUGCUGGGAAUGUACUAAAGAAACAUGCAGCAGAUCAGGCAAGAAGGGCUUUGACAGAUGGUGGUAACAGAGAUGGAGAGGGGGAUGGUAGAGGAGAGGAAGGGGAACCCUGGACAGAGGUAGAAUUUGAACACACUCACUACCAAUGCUUUGAAAAUUGUGGAACCGUCAGCGUGUGGGUGUUGUGUAAGAGAGCAGAGGGUGAAGGGACAGUCCAGGUAGACUAUAGGACUGAGGAUGGAACAGCCAAUGCUGGAUCAGAUUAUGAGCUGGCAGAAGGAACUCUUACUUUCCAGCCUGCAGAAAGCAAGAAGGAGAUUCGGCUCGGCAUCAUUGAUGAUGAUGUUUUUGAGGAAGAUGAACAUUUCUAUGUGCAACUAAACAACCCACGCAGGGCGCGAGGUGUGAGAGAUGGUCCAGGGCGCAUAAGGUUGGGGACAGGGAGGAGAGCCACAGUGACUAUAUUUGAUGAUGAUCAUGCAGGUAUCUUUAGCUUUGAGUCAGGCAGCAUGAGAGUGAGUGAAAGUGUAGGUACCAUGCGGGCAAAAGUGGUAAGGGGGUCAGGUGCAAGGGGAAAAGUUGUAAUACCUUAUAGAACCAGUGAGGGUAGUGCAAAGGCUGGAGAAGACUACCUAGCAGUUGGUGGGAAAGUGGAGUUCCAGAAUGAUGAGACCACGAGGUAUAUAGAGAUACAGAUCAUUGAUGAUGAAGAAUAUGAAAAAAAUAAGAGCUUCUUCAUUGAACUCGGAGAACCAGAAAUGCAGAGAGGAGGUAAUACUGGUGAAAAAUGGGUGGUAUGUAGCAAAAGUGGUGAGGAGAUUGCAGGAAGUCCCAGUCUUGGGGAACAUCGCAAGAUGGAAAUCAUAAUAGAGGAAUCAUAUGAGUUCAAGAACACUGUGGACAAGCUGAUUAAGAAGGCAAACUUGGCUUUGGUGGUCGGUAGCAGCAGCUGGAGGGAGCAGUUUGUGAGCGCUGUCACUGUCAGCGCAGGAGAUGAUGAUGAGGAGGAGAGCAGUGAGGAAGGGCUACCCAGUUGCUGUGACUACAUCAUGCAUUUCCUGACCGUCUUCUGGAAGGUGCUCUUUGCCUUUGUGCCCCCCACUGAGUACUGGGGUGGUUGGGCCUGCUUUCUGGUCUCCAUCUGCAUCAUUGGAAUCCUCACUGCUGUCACUGGUGACCUGGCUGCACACUUUGGCUGCACGGUUGGCCUCAAAGACUCCGUCACUGCUGUGGUCUUUGUUGCCUUGGGUACAUCUGUACCAGACACAUUUGCAAGUAAAGUGGCAGCAGUCCAAGACCCUCAUGCUGAUGCUUCAAUUGGUAAUGUGACAGGUAGCAAUGCAGUCAAUGUAUUUUUGGGACUAGGUAUUGCAUGGAGCAUUGCUGCUAUAUUCUGGGCUGGAAAGGGGAAAACCUUUUAUGUGAACCCUGGUAGCCUGGCAUUUUCUGUCACCCUAUUCACUGGACUUUCUCUUGUCUGCCUCUGUGUUCUCCUUUAUCGCAGAAGACCACCAAUAGGAGGAGAACUUGGGGGUCCACGACUUCCCAAAAUCCUGACUUCCCUCGUAUUUUUUGGGUUGUGGUUGCUGUACAUAUUACUUGCAUCACUGGAAGCCUAUUGCCACAUACCUGGUUUUUAAAGACUGUUUUUCCUUCUUUAAAGAUUUGUCUUCCCAGGAAAUUUUGGUCAAUUUCUAGACUGCUUUUUAACUUCUCACACAUCUCAAAAAUAAAUUGCACAACUGAGAUGACGGAUGUCAAGUAUAUUAG